AUGUGCACUCUUAUUCGGAUAUUCAAUAAACCGGCAUCCAAGAUGUCUCUCGAACAGCCAGCCGGUGAGAUGUACCAGAAGAUCAGGGAGGAGUUGAAUGAGAAGGCGGAGACCAGGGACCAGGACCUCGCCAUCAUCAAGGAAUGGCUGAAGCAGGAGCCCCAUUUGCCUGAUGAAUUCGAUGACCAGCGCAUCAUGACCUUCCUCCGAGGCUGCAAGUUCUCCCUGGAGAAGACCAAGCGUAAGCUGGACAUGUACUUCACCAUGAGGACAGCCGUCCCGGAGUUCUUCAACGACCGUGACGUCACACGGCCCGAACUUCAGGAAAUCCUAAACAUUGUGCAAAUGCCCCCUUUGCCUGGUUUAACUCCCGAGGGACGUCGAGUGAUAGUCAUGAGAGGUCUCGAUAAAGACAUUCAAACUCCCAACGUGGCGGACGCUUUCAAACUGGCGCUAAUGCUGGGUGAUGUAAGACUGGUAGAAGAGAAGGAAGGCGUAGCAGGAGACGUGUACAUCCUAGACGCGUCAGUAGCCACACCCACCCACUUCGCCAAAUUCACCCCAACACUCGUCAAGAAGUUCCUAGUUUGCGUACAGGAAGCCUACCCAGUGAAACUGAAGGAGGUGCAUGUGAUCAACGUAUCCCCACUGGUCGACAAAAUCGUCAACUUCGUGAAACCUUUCAUUAAGGACAAGAUCAAGGAAAGAAUCUUCCUCCAUACUGACACAAAUGAUCUCUACAAAUACGUCCCUAAGGAGAUGCUUCCAACUGAAUACGGUGGCAAUGCUGGCUCCAUGAACGAUCUACACAACGCGUGGGUGAAGAAACUAGAAGAAUACAAAGACUGGUUCGCGGAACAGGAGAACAUUAAGGCCAACGAGGCCCUCAGGCCUGGCAAGCCUACCAACUACGACGAACUGUUCGGCAUCGAUGGAUCUUUCCGUCAAUUAGUCAUAGACUAA